UUUCAAUAAAAUGGGAGGUGCGGACUGAAAUUAUGGAGAUAGAAGGAGAAGAACUCUUUCAACAAUUUAAAAUAGAAGAGUGAGGAGAAUCUUGAUCGAUAAAAAUUCCUUGGUCAAAAGGAUAAAAAUGUCAUUUACAGAUAAAAGUUAGAGGAGAGGUGCAGGAAUAAGCGAGUGAGGUGCAGGGAGAACAACCUUCAUUUACUGGUUUAAGCUACCUAUCCAACCACCUCGACCAUUGCCCAGUCUUCCAAUUAUUUCCUAAACCUUCCCUUUUCUCAUUACUAUGCUUCAUAUUCAGAAUCUGUUAGCAGGAAAGAAACCAAAAGAUGAGUAGCACAUCCUUUAAGGUUGCCGUGUUGGGAAGUGGAAGUAAGCACCGCAUGCACUUGACCUGAAAUCAACUCGUAUUUAUUUUCCGGAGCCGUGUGUGCCUCAACUCUUGCCAGAAAUGGGGUUUCUGUUACUCUCUUUGAGUCAGCUAGAGGCCCUGGUGGACGCAUGUCCCAAAGAAGGGAGAAAACUGAAGAUGGGAAGGAGCUACAUUUUGACCAUGGUGCUCCAUUUUUCUCGGUUGGCAAGUCUGAAGUGUUACGGCUGGUUGAAGAGUGGGAAUCAAGGGGUCUUGUAGCUGAAUGGAACGAAAAGUUUGGCUUCUUUGAUUUUCACACCCAUAAAUUUAAAAACAUAGAGCAGGAAGGAUUAAGCAAGAGAUAUGUAGGUGUUCCAGGCAUGAAUGCUAUCUGCAAGUCAUUGGGAAGUGAGAAUGGUGUGGAAAGCAAGUUUGGUGUGGGUAUUGGAAGGAUUGAAUGGUUGCAUGAUGAGAAAGAGUGGUCAUUGACAGGAGUGAAUGGGCAAAAUCUUGGUCAGUUUAAGGGGCUUGUUGCAUCAGACAAGAACAUAGUUUCUCCCCGGAUUACACAAGUAACAGGACGGCUGCCAUUACUUGGUAUGGAUACAAAUUUAGUGCCAGAGUUGUCAGAAAAGCUGCUCAACCUUCCUGUUAAGCCAUGUUUCAUUGUUAUGCUGGCAUUUGCAGAGCCUCUAUCAACAAUUCCAGUCAAAGCAUUUUCUUUUGAAAAUUCUAAAGUUUUAAGUCGGGCUUAUUGUGAUAGCAGCAAGCCUAGCCGUUCUACUGCGAGUGAAAGAUGGGUUCUUCAUUCUACACCAGAAUACGCUGAGGAUGUAAUUGCUCAAACUGGACUUAAGAAGCCCUCAGACAUUACGCUCAACAAAGUGGCUGAACAGCUUUUGCAAGAAUUUCAAAGCACAGGGCUUAUCAAAUCUCCACCAUUUUUCAAGAAAGCUCAUAGAUGGGGGAGUGCAUUUCCAGCUGCUAGUAUUGCCCCAGAAGAAAAAUGUCUUUGGGAUAGAAGCAAGAGACUAGCCGUCUGUGGAGACUUCUGUGUCAGUCCUAAUGUUGAAGGCGCCAUAGAUAGUGGUUUGGCAGCUGCAUUAAAGCUUAGAGAUAGUGUCAGCUCUUUAUAGUUGGAGCUUUUGUUAUCUUAAGUCCUGGGAAAAUUCAUGUUCAAAAUUUGUUUUAAGACAUCAUUGUAUUCUAAGCAUAAUAAGGUAAAGCAUCUGUCAUGUGCACUAACUAGAUGAUGACAACGUUAACUA